GCGGCGGGGCCGGUGCUGAGGGGAGCGGGAGCCGGAACCGGGCCUCGCCUUGCACCGGAGCCAUGAGCCAGGGAGGGGGGGCCGGGGAGAGCGGCGAGCCCGAGGCCAAGGUGCUGCACACCAAGAGGCUGUACCGAGCAGUGGUGGAGGCCGUUCAUCGCCUGGAUCUCAUCCUUGGCAACAAGGCAGCGUAUCAGGAGGUGUUCAAGCCCGAGAACAUCAGCUUGAGGAACAAGCUGCGGGAGCUGUGCGUGAAGCUGAUGUUCCUGCACCCAGUGGAUUACGGCAGGAAGGCAGAGGAGCUGCUCUGGAGGAAGGUUUACUAUGAAGUUAUCCAGCUCAUUAAAACCAAUAAGAAGCACAUUCACAGCCGUAGCACCCUGGAGUGUGCCUAUAGGACUCACUUAGUGGCAGGGAUAGGCUUCUACCAGCACCUCCUCCUCUACAUCCAGUCUCACUAUCAGCUGGAGCUGCAGUGCUGCAUCGACUGGACGCACGUAACGGACCCUCUCAUAGGCUGCAAGAAACCCGUGUCUGCCUCGGAGAAGGAGAUGGAAUGGGCCCAGAUGGCAUGUCACAGGUGCCUGGUGUAUCUGGGAGACCUGGCUCGCUACCAGAACGAACUGGCUGGUGUGGACACGGAGCUGCUGGCUGAGAGGUUUUACUACCAGGCCCUUUCUGUGGCCCCCCAGAUCGGCAUGCCCUUUAACCAGCUGGGGACGCUGGCAGGGAGCAAAUACUACAACGUGGAGGCUACCUAUUGUUACUUACGCUGCAUCCAGUCGGAAGUGUCCUUUGAAGGCGCCUAUGGGAACCUGAAGCGGCUCUAUGACAAAGCAGCCAAGAUGUACCAGCAGCUGCGGAAGGCUGAGAGCAGGAGGCUGUCUCCAAGCAAGAAGAGAGGCAAAGACAUUAAGAGGUUGCUGGUGAGCUUCAUGUACCUGCAGAGCCUUUUGCAGCCAAAGAGCAGCUCCCUGGAUUCGGAGCUGACAUCUCUGUGCCAGUCGGUGCUGGAGGACUUCAACCUGUGCUUGUUCUACCUGCCCUCUCCUCCUCACCUGAGCUCCAGCAGCGAAGAGGAGGAAGAGUACGAGAGUGGCUACUCCUUCCUUCCCGACCUCCUCAUCUUCCGCAUGGUCAUCAUCUGCCUCAUGAGCGUCCACAGCCUCAAGAGGGCAGGUUCCAAGCAGUACAGCGCAGCCAUCGCCUUCACCCUGGCUCUCUUCUCUCACCUCCUCAACCACGUCAACAUCCGCCUGCAGGCAGAGCUGGAAGAAGGGGAAAAUCCAGUGGCAGCCUUGCAGAGCGACAGCCCAGACGACCAGGAGCCCCGGGAGGCGUCUCUGGAGCAGGAGGCUGAAGGGGCCUUGGGGAACCGUGAACCCCAAGAGGAGCAGAGGAAGAGCGACCGCCAGAAGAGCAAGAAGUACUCGCGGCUGUCGUGCCUGCGGCGCCGGCGGCACCCCCGGCAGCUGGACGAGAGCGACCUGAGCGAGGGCUUCGAGUCGGGCUCCAGCCAAGGCUCCUUGGGGAAGGGCAGCGACGGCUCCGAAAGCGCCUCGGACAAGAGCGAUGACGAAGGCGAAGCGGCUUUCGAUGCAGAGAGCGAUUCGGAGAUGAACAGCCAGGAAUCCCGCUCCGACCUGGAGGAGAUGGAGGAGGAUGAGGAGGAGGAGGAGGAGGAGGAGGAGGAAGAGGAGGAAGAGGGCAGCAGCCGAGGCAAAAGCGGACCCAAAGAGGCCUUCAAGAACGGCGUGGAGGGCGCCGGGCUGGGGGACCCCAAGGGCUCCAACGGCUCCAAAGCCGAGGCUCCGGAGCCGAGCCUCAAUGGGCCGGCGUCGCUGGCCACGAGCGAGAGCAGCAUCGCCAGUAACCUGCAGGCCAUGUCCACCCAGCUGUUCCAGACCAAGCGUUGCUUCCGUUUGGCUCCCACCUUCAGCAACAUCCUCCUGAAGCCCAGCCCUGACCCCCAGCUCCGGAAGGAUGGGAUGGAAAGCAAGGCUUGUGUCAAUGGAGAGCUGGAGAAGCCCGGCUUGGGCGAGCAAGACGAGGGGUCUGACUCCGAGGAGAGCCUCUCGAGCAGCAAAUCCUGCAGGAAUGAGCGUUCCCUUCAGGAGAAGCUGCAGAUCAUGAGCAACGAAGGGCUGCUGCUCACCGUCAAGGUCUUCCUGGACUGGCUGAGGACUAACACAGACCUCAUCCUCAUGUGUGCUCAGAGCUCCCAGAGCCUGUGGAACAGGCUCUCCGUGCUCCUGAACCUCCUGCCUUCUGCUGCAGACCUGCAGGACUCAGGCCUGGCCCUGUGCAAUGAAGUCCAGGCCAUCCUGAGCGGUGCUGAGCUCCCGGACCUACAAGCCCACUUGCUGCUGCCAGAAGACGUCGCCCUCCGGAACCUUCCUCCUCUGAGGAGCGCGCACAAGAGGUUUCACUUCGAGCAGGACAGGCCCAUCUUUACCCCCGUGGAGGAGUGUGUGGUUCGCCUGUGCUGCAUCCGGAGCUCCGGGCACUUCAUCAGCCAGCUGCAAGGCAGCAUCCUGCAGUUCAACCCCGAGCUCGGCAUCUUCAUCAGCAUCGCUCAGGCAGAGCAGGAUGGGAUCCUGCAGCAGGCCCAGGCCCAGUUCCACAUGGCUGCCGAGGAGGCGCGUCGGAACCGGCUCAUGAGAGACAUGGCUCAGCUUCGGCUGCAGCUGGAAGUUUCUCAGCUGGAAGGGAGCCUGCAGCAGCCCAAAGCCCACUCAGCCAUGUCCCCUUACCUGGUCCCGGAUACCCAAGCCCUUUGCCAGCACUUGGCUCUCAUCAAGCACUUGGCCACCAGCGGGAGGUUCAUCAUCAUCAUCCCUCGCACAGUGAUCGAUGGCUUGGACUUCCUGAAGAAGGAGAAUGCUGGAGCUCGGGACAGCAUCCGCUACCUGGAGGCCGAGUUUAAAAAGGGAAACAGGUACAUUCGUUGCCAGAAGGAUGCUGGGAAGAGCUUGGAGAGGCACAAGCUGAAGAGGCAGGAUUUAGAUGCCUGGAACCUCUAUAAGAUCCUGGAUAGCUGCAAGCAGCUGACGGUAUCCCAAGGGAAUGGGGAGGACGACGGCACGGGAAUGGUCACCAUCAUCACAGGCUUCCAGCUGGAGGACCCCAGCGUGUUCUCAGCCCCCAUGCAGGCUGCCAUCCAGGCGGCCGCCGGCGCCAGCGUGGAGCUCAGGAACGUGCUGGACUUCUACAAGCAAUGGAAGGAGCUGGGCUGAGGCCGCGUGGGGCCCGGGCUGGUGUGAACCUCUCUGUGCCCCCCCCCCUUGGAACGUGCAGCGUCUGAACCAAGGCUCCCGACCUCCAGGCUUGGACCCGAAGCAGCAGCAGCGGCGGCGGCG